AUGACGGAGGUGCAAAGGAGAACCAUCAACGAGGCGCUGAAAGGCGACGACAUCAUCGCACAGGCAAAGACAGGUACUGGCAAGACGCUCGCCUUCCUUCUACCCAUCCUGCAGAAUAUUAUCUCCAAGGACCCAGACCUUGUGCGACCGUCACCGGGUCGACGAGGACCCCGAACGACCGCAGACGACAUCCGCGCCCUCAUCGUUUCCCCGACCCGAGAACUGGCUGAGCAGAUCGCGGAGGAAGCCAAGAAGAUCACGCGUGGUACUGGAUUGAUUACACAGACUGCGGUGGGUGGAACACAAAAGGCAAUGGGCUUGCGCGCUAUCCAAAGAGAAGGUUGCCAUAUCCUGGUUGGUACGCCUGGCCGUUUGAAUGACAUCUUCAGCGAUCCCUACAGCGGCGUGAAGGCGCCGGAUCUUAGCGCGCUCGUUUUCGACGAGGCGGACAGAUUACUGGAGGUUGGCUUCUGGCCCGUCAUCCAGGACAUUAUGCGCCAGCUUCCCACUCCGCAAGAGAAGGACAGGCAGACGUUCAUGUUCUCUGCUACCGUCCCACAAGAAGUCGUGGGCAUUGUUAGGGAGACCCUCAAGCCUGGCUUCUUGUUUGUCAAAUGUGUAGGCGAGAACGAAGACCCUACUCACCCGCACGUCAAGCAGAGCAUUGUCAGACUGAACGGCAUGGAGAACUCCUUGCCAGCGCUAGUGGAGAUUUGCGCCAAGUCCAUUGAAGCAUCAAAGCAGCCAGACAGCCGGCCAUUCAAAGCGAUCGUCUACUUCAACAGCACCGCCGAAGUCAGACUCGCAGCCUCAGCGCUCGGCGGGCUUCAGAAGCCUAACCAACCAGACCGCGACUCAUUCGGCGCGCUACGCCGGCAACAUCCAUGGGAUCCCGCGCAGAUUCUCGAAAUCCACGGCAAGCUCAGUCAAAGCGAGCGUACACGCGCAGCGGAUCGAUUCAGGAGAUGCGAGACCGGCAUCCUGCUGAGCUCCGACGUCACCGCCCGAGGCAUGGACUUCCCCAAUGUAACCCACGUUAUCCAGAUGGGCCUGCCCACCAGCCGGGACCAGUACAUCCACCGCGUCGGCCGCACCGCGCGUGCCGGCCGAGAAGGCGAAGGCUGGCUCAUCCUCAACCCGCUCGAAGCCGACGAAGCGCGCUCCCGCCUCCGAAACCUCCCCAUCCAGCGCGACGACAGCCUGGAAAUCGCAAAGCUCGACAUGACGAAAGAAGCGCAAGUCGGCCGCGCCGCCGGCGAACUGCUCGCCAUGUACCAGAACUCGCUGCGCAAAGUGCCCGUGGUGGAGAAAGCGGACGUCUACCGUGCGCAGCUGGGUAUCCAUCAGUGGUACAACCGGAAGGGCGUGUUGGUGGAGUUUAUGAACAAGCUCGCGCGGUUUGGGUGGGGGAUGUCGGAUCCGCCGAUGUUGAGCCCGGGGUUGGCGCAGAGGUUGGGGAUUGCGAAGUUGCCGGGAGUCAAUAUUGGGAAUGAUGCUGUGAUUGAUCGGGCGAGGAUGGCGUCGAGUGGGGGUGGGAGGCAGUUUGGUGGGGGUAGCAGUGGGUUUGGGGGAAGAGAGAGGAAUGAUGCGUUUGGUGGGCGAGGCGGUGGGUUUGGGGGGAGAGACAGGAACGAUGCGUUUGGUGGGCGAGGCGGUGGGGGAGACCGAGGAGGCUACGGUGGUGGCAGAACAGGUGGAGGAGGGAGGUAUGGAGGCGGUGGUGGUGGGUAUGGAGGAGGGAGAGACAGGGGCAGCGAUCCAUUCGGGUCUCGAUAA